CCUUGAGAUUUAAAGUAUACAGUGUUCAUCAGCCAAUUGACGAAAAGUUCUAAUUCUUUAUAGCUUUGACCUGAUUGCCUUUUUAUUUUGACUUACCCUCCAUCCAGAAUUUUAAAAUGCAAUCUGAUUGCUGGGGUCACUGACCAAUCUGCUAUACACACUAUCUAUUCACACUACUGCCUUGUUUCUUGGAUAUGUUGCUCUUUGCACCCAGAGGAAAAGAAUCCACAGCCCCUCACGAAAAGCUUUAAAGAUAUCUGCUGGCAACCCUUAUUAAUGUCACCUCAGUGCCGUUUCCACAAUCCUAGCCCACUCCUUUAACCCUCUCCCCUCCCUGGGCAUAGAGACACUGUAAGGGGAGUGCCCACUACUGCAUGGCCUCCCUAAGGCGGACCUAGUCCUUCUUUACAAAAACAGUAAGACAGAGCUGCAAACAGCCCAUACAGCAGUUAGAGCCGAGAUAUUUCUCAUGGACUCCUAAGAGGAUGAAGUGGUGAAACGAUGGGGCUGUCUGUAUCAGGAUUGCAUAAUGGCCAGAGAGGACUCUGUGAAGUGCCUUCGUUGUCUGCUCUACACCCUCAAUUUGCUUUUCUGGUUGAUGUCGGUAUGUGUUUUGGGAGUUUCUGCCUGGAUGAGGGACUACAUUAAUAAUGUGCUUACACUAACUGCAGAAACAAGGGUUGAGGAAGCUGUAGUUCUCACUUACUUCCCAGUGUUCCAUCCAGUGAUGAUCGCAGUUUGCUGUUUUCUUAUUAUUGUGGGAAUGCUGGGUUACUGUGGAACUGUGAAAAGCAACCUGAUACUUCUGCUAUGGUAUUUUGGAAGCCUGUUAAUCAUUUUCUGCAUUGAGCUGUCUUGUGGAGUAUGGACAUACGGACAGGAACUUACGGCUCCAGUUCAGUGGUCAGACAUGGUCACUUUAAAGGCUAAAAUGCCAAACUAUGGGUUUCCUAGGUUCCAGUGGCUGACAAAUGCAUGGAAUUCCUUUCAAAGAGAAUUCAAGUGCUGUGGCGUUGUAUAUCUCACAGACUGGCUAGAGAUGACAGAGAUGGAUUGGCCUCCUGAUUCUUGUUGCGUUAAAGAAUAUCCUGGUUGCUCCAAACAAGCACAUCAUGGAGAUCUUAGUGACCUAUACCAAGAGGGCUGUGGAAGAAAAAUGUACAGUUUUCUGAGAGGAACCAAACAGCUGCAAGUACUACAGUUUCUGGGAAUCGCUAUAGGCGUUACACAGAUUCUGGCAAUGAUCCUAACAAUUACCCUGUUGUGGGCUUUAUAUUACAAUGGAAAAGAUCAAGGCACAGGUCAAAUCAUGCCACAGCUUCAUGACACCAUGCAACCCCAAUGUCACACUGUGGAACUGACUAAUGAACACAAAACUGCAGCUAAUGGAUUUAAUGCACACUUAGAAAUGAAGCAUUAGUGAUUACAUAAAACACCUCUGAUUUCUGUUCCAUCUCAUACCAGCAUUCUGAAGCAAAGUAUGCAUAAUGGACUCUUUUGCCACCUAGUAAUUUUUCUUCAAAAAAGGGAAGAUUAUGCAAAAAAAAGCUUUUAUUUAACUUAAGAAGUGAUUUUCUAGUAAUGUAAAUAAUGUUUCCUGCAAUAGAAAAGAUUUGGCCAGACUUAAAAAAAAAACAACCAAACAUUCAAGCAAUAAAGAGAAUGGGUGUGAAUUAUUCAUGGCUUUGCUCCUCACUGAAGUAUUAUCUGUUAGCCUUAUCAAAAAGCAAUUCUGUGCAUCAGAUAUACACCAGUUUACAAAAUCAGGCUAAUGGGCCUCAUACCUCCAGUAGAAUAAAGGCUGUUUUUGUGAAAAUGGAGAGAUGUUUUAAGAGAGUGAAUAAAUUUGAUAAGCAAAUUGCAAAAGUUUAUAUCAUUCAGCAUACGGGCUCAGUUAUGGGCGAAUUUUUUCGCCUUGUUUUGCCGCGGAAAUGACACCCAUAAACUUGUAUGGCACACUGCGUCAAAAAUAAAAAAGACGCACGUCAAAAACAUUUUGGCGCUCAACAAAAUUUUUUUUGACGCCCAUAGACUUUAAUGGGCGUCGCAGACAUUUCUCUGGCGGUAAGUUAUACAUUCUUUAUAAUAUGUCAUUGUAUUAAUCUUCUUAUUCUGCAUACUAUUUGUUAUCAUAUUGAUUUUUAUGGUUGAUUGUGAAAACCAAAUAAAAUAUUUCAAAUCAAAUUCGCUCAUCCCUAGGGCUAAUGCCAAUAAUGCCAAAUAAAAGAGAUAUUAAGAAAACCUGUAUUAGGCUUUACAAUACUGUAUUUCAGGAGAUAUAUGAAAGGGUUGCUUGGGUGCACUACUUAUUAAGGAAUCUAUUUAGCUCCUUUAUUGUUGAGCAAUCAAGUCAGAAAGUACAUUUGACCCCAGAAAAAAGUCCAACCUGAUUGUUAGAACUGUGUAACUAUCAAUUAUGCCAUUUAAGAUGGCCACAUACAGGUUUUCAUGCAAUUCAUUAUAAAUUGUCUGUUGGUCCCUGUCUUUUAUUAUCCAGUUCAGGUGUAGAUCAACCACACUUGAUCAGUCAAAAGAAAUAAACAAGUUGCUUAUCACUGCAUGUGGUCAUCAUGUAUGGCCAAGCUGACUUACUAUUGACUAACUGGCUUGUGUACCAGCUAUGUUUUCAUAGGACAAUGAUUAAGGGGGUUAUUUAUCAAAAGCCCUGAAAAAGUUCUCACUAUGUUCUGAAAACUACUCCUACCGAAUCCGCAUGGACUUUUCCCCCCUAUUUAUUAAUACAUUUUCAUUAAAUUUUUCUUGUGCGGAAAAAGUAAAAAAUUCCAAAUCCUACAAUUUUUCAGAUUUUGUGCUUGAAACCUACAAUUUUAUUAUAAAAUCCUCCGUUUUUUUCCAAAAAACCCAGCACAACUUCCAAUUGCUAAUGGGACAUCUGCCACUGACUUUUACAUGUUCUCAGCAGGUCUUAAUUAGAGUACUUUUUUCAUCGGACUUUUAACACCAUCGGGUUUUCCACUUUAAAAGUCUGACUGGAAAAAUUCAGAGCUUAAUAAAUAACCCCCUAAGUAAUCAUUAACAGGAAGCUCAUAAGGCCGCCUCUGUUUGCUGGUACCAAAUAAAUCCACAUUUAUUAUUUUUACUUUUCUGAUUCUGACGGACUGCUCAUUGAGGGCCUGCUCCAACAUACACAGUUGAUUCCACUCCCGUAGCUGUAGGCUCUGGGCAGAGCACCUCUGACUCCUUGUGACUUUAAGUGAGCUGUGGAUAAAAUGUGUUGUUUUCUAUGAAUAACACUUGACUAAAUGGCUUGUAUGCUGCCUGCUCAGAAAUCAGAAGCUGACCUUUAUAGUACCAGCUUAGACAGUAGCGAAACUGAUAAUACCAUGGAACAAAUCUUUAAGUAUUUCCAGAAGUCAUAUUAUAGACAUGUCGUAUUUAGAGUUUUGACAGGGUUUAAUAGCUUUUCUUUUUUUUUUCAAAAGAGGUAGAGACAAAAUGUAACCGAAAUGGCCUUGAUACUGUAGUGACCCACCUGCCUGAGUGUCACCAAAAAAGAACAGUCAUGUUAUGCCAUAAAUCUAUCAGUUCCAAACUAUCUAUGGUGGGAGUGCUAGAAGACAAUCCCAUGCAUAUUUUUGCCAUUACUUAUCCAGUGAAUAAUUACAGCUACUAAAUUUCUUGGUGUGACCCUAGCUUUCAAUAUACCCAGUGAGCCAUCAGAUAUUAUUGAUUAUAUUUAUUUAUAAUAAAACAGAUAACAUAUAUUAAUAAAGUAUUUCUAUUAUCAUUCAUUAAAAGGUAAAUGACUGUAAAUAAAGUAAAUAAUUUCUAAAGGCUAGUUUGCUUUUUUUUUUAAUUUACCUUUAAGGCUCAUACCCGUGACACAAUUAGCCUUGACUGAUCUGAAAUAUGUUCCAAGGAAGCAUAUGGUAUGUUAGUAUCCAUCAGUGCCAAAGCAGCCUUGUGCCAACAUCAGCCCCUUUGCAACCUGUGUUUAUCGCCCUAAAAGCAUCUUGGAGUUACCUUAGCCUCAGCUAAACUGCCAAUGGUUGAUACAAACCUUAGGGCACAUCGAAUCUACCAGUUCGCUGCCAUUGUCUAUGUGUAGCGGCUCAUAUGGCACAUUAUCAAUUACCUUCGUAUUGCAGUUAGCGGGUAAUGCUGCAUGUAAUCCGAAGCCACUCUUAACCUUACCUUCCCUGUCAGGAUGCUAAUAGUUGUGGUUCGUCUAUACCUCAGUCAACUGUCUACUGUAACAAACAUUAAUAGGUUUUAAUAGUGGCACCAACUUGUGUUUUAUAAGUAAGAAGAAUAAGUGCAUUGAUCAAGUAAAUGUGGAGAUGUUUUUUGCUUAUAUUCAUGUGGGUCUGCCUGGUGUACUUUCGCAAAAAAGUCAACAUGUUGGAAAACUGCUCUUUGUAGUCAAGCAUGGAAAAACCUUGACCACUGUUCAUGUAUUUCAAGAGUAAUCUGCUGUUGUUAUCAGGGUCUGUACUGCACUAAAUACUGUGCUGUACUACAAUGUUUUAGAAGCACAAUAGAAUAAUCAUCAGUGUAUGUGUAAAGCAAUGUACUGUAUGUAUAUUUAGUGCCAAUUUAUCCUACUGAAAUGUUACCAGUUGUAAAAAUAAAUUGCUUGAUUUUUUUUUGACUAA